AAAAGAUCACUACGUUCCGCCGUAAGCUCCGUGUUUUCUCGCGUUGUUUUCACGGCCUGGAGCCGCGAUGUUUCCCUCAAAGGUGAGGCUGCUGCGGUCCAAACACACCUUAGCCAGCAGGUUGGUUCUGGGCAUCGAGACCAGCUGCGAUGAUACCGGAGCCGCUGUGAUGGACGGAACCGGAACCAUUCUGGGUGAAUCCCUGCAUUCUCAGAAAGAGGUCCAUCUGAGGUCGGGCGGCAUCAUCCCCACAGUGGCCCAGGAGCUCCACAGAGCAAACAUCCAGCGCGUGGUCCAGGAGGCCCUGCAGCGGAGCGGCGUGGCUCCGGCGGAGCUCGCCGCCGUGGCCGCCACCGUGAAGCCCGGUCUGGCCCUGAGCCUCGGCGUGGGCCUGCGGUUCAGCCAGGCGUUCGUCAGGCAGCACAACAAGCCGUUCAUCCCCGUCCACCACAUGGAGGCCCACGCCCUGACCGUCAGGAUGCUCCACGCCGUCAGCUUCCCCUUCCUGGUGCUGCUGGUGUCCGGGGGCCACGCCCUCCUGGCCGUGGCGCGAGGCGUGGAUGACUUCCUGCUCCUGGGACGCACGCUGGACGAAGCUCCGGGAGACACACUGGACAAGGUGGCCAGACGUCUGUCCCUCAGGAAGCACCCCCGCUGCUCCACGCUGAGUGGCGGCGAGGCCAUAGAGCUGCUGGCCAAGGACGGAGACAGAAGGAGGUUUGGCUUCAGGACACCGAUGGGACAAACUCCAGACUGCUGCUUCUCCUUCGCCGGACUGCGGAACCAGAUCACCAUGGCGAUCCAGAAGCAGGAGGAGGAGGAAGGCGUACAGGAAGGAACCCUGCUGUCCAGCGUGAAUGACAUCGCAGCGGCGGCUCAGCACACCGUCGCCAUGCAUCUGGCGAAGAGGACCCACCGGGCCGCCCUGUUCUGCAGAACCAACCGCCUGCUGCCUCCUGAUGAGCCGACGCUGGUUCUCUCUGGAGGAGUUGCCAGCAACCAGUACAUCCGAAAGGUUCUGACCAUCAUUGCAGAGCGGACCGGACUCCGGCUGCUCUGUCCUCCGGCCCGGUUCUGCACAGACAACGGCGUGAUGAUUGCAUGGAAUGGAGUGGAGCGUCUGAGAGAAGGAAGAGGCGUGCUGGCGCCGGACGUGGACGUCAGCUACGAGCCAAAGUGAGUCUGAAACGGAGCGCCGCUGGGUGUGGACAUCUCAGCGGAGGUGAGGGCGGCCGCCAUCAGGCUACCGUCGCUCCGGAUCAAGAUCCCCGACUGAACCAGAGUCCGACCCGUUUCUUCUCUAAUUUAUUAAUAAACUUAUUUUCAUUAAGUUUUCUGAUUUAUUGAUUGUUUUUCCUCUCGGUGAUUAAAGAAAAACCUUCAACAUUUUCUGAGCUUCAACUUAAUAAAGUAUGGCAGCAUAUUAGGGACAUUCAAAGCUUAAAGUGACAAAUUUCCAAGUAAAAACAAGCAAAUUCACAAGAUUAUAAAUUAUUAGUUUAUAAUUAUUUAGUUAAUAUCAUU